UAGAGUAGAGUACAGUAGUAAUGAAAGGACAGAAAGCCUAUGCGGUUGUGUUUGUGAUACAAGCCAUAUAUGCUGCCAUGUUUCUUCUAUCAAAAGCAGCAUUCGAUCAUGGCAUGAACAAUUUCAUCUUUGUCUUUUACAGACAGGCCAUUGCAACCCUUUUUCUCAUCCCUUUUGCUCUCUUCUUCGAAUGGAAAACUGCGCCGCCUUUGCCUUUCGUCACCUUCUGCAAGAUCUUCCUCCUUUCAUUCUGUGGCAUUACUUUGAGCUUGGAUGUGUAUGGUAUUGGUCUUAUGUACACGUCAGCAACGUUGGCUGCUGCUACCACAAACUGUCUUCCAGUUAUCACCUUCUUCUUGGCGCUCUUACUCGGGAUUGAAAGCUUGAAAGUAAAGACAGCAGCGGGGAUUGCUAAGCUGAUAGGCAUUGGUGCAUGCUUGGUUGGUGCAGCAACUCUUGCCUUUUACAAGGGUCCUCAUUUGGAAUUUCUAAGCCACUAUCACAUUCUAAAUUAUCAUAAAACCCAACAACACCAAGGUCAUGCUCAAUCUCAUACAUGGAUAAGGGGCUGCUUCUUCAUGCUCCUCUCCAAUACCUUUUGGGGGAUGUGGCUUGUGCUACAGGGUUUUGUCAUAAAAGGUUAUCCUUCCAAGCUUCUUUUCACAACUCUUCAGUGUUUCUUAAGUUCAAUUCAAUCUUUUGUCAUUGCCUUGGCCGUAGAAAGGAACAUCGACGAAUGGAAACUGGGUUGGAAUCUCAGGCUCCUAUCCGUAGUAUACUGUGGGGUUAUGGUGACCGGUGUCACAUAUUACUUACAGACAUGGGUUAUAGAAAAGAAAGGACCUGUGUUUCUAGCAAUGUCAACACCACUUAACCUCAUUAUCACAAUCUUCGCCUCUGCAAUUAUCUUGGGCGAGAUAAUCACUUUGGGGAGCCUUUUAGGAGGGUUGGCAUUGGUUGUAGGACUGUACAGUGUGCUGUGGGGAAAAAGCAGGGAGCAAAUGCCCAAAGCCUCACAAGACUUGGAGCAAACAUCGGUUUAGUUGGAGUGAGCUAGGUCAGCUAGCCCCACAUAUGAUUGUGAUUAUAUUUUUGCUUUUUCUUCUUUUGGCAAAAGAUAAAUUGUCACAAAUAUAAUAUAUAUUAGAUGUGAAGAAAGCAAUAUAGUUUGGAAUGUUGCAAAAAUUUUGGCAACAGUAGUUGACUAACAUGAUAUAUGAUUUUGCCUAAAAUCAUGGAUCAAUUAUUUCCACUACGGUUA